GAUCUAUUUGACACUUAAUGACAAAGCUACACUCCCGAUGAAAGAGGAAAACAUUGAAGAACAAAUCCAUAACAAAUUUUGUUUUAAGUUGGGUGAUUAACAUUUCUUUACCCUUCCUAGUAUUCAUAUAAUAAAACAAGAGGAUUUAAAUACCAUUUGAAAGGUAUUUGUUGGUUGAAUAAAAUGGGAGACAAUAAUGAUGGAGAAAAACAACCCCUUCUUGAUAAUGGAAGUACUACUAUCACCACCUACAAUGAGGAUUCAUCGGAUAUAUACCAAACUGUACAAACUACAGUUUCACCUAUUGGACCUGACGAACUACCACCUCCCUUUUAUCAGCCAUCUGAAGGUGGUGGUGGUGUCCCGAUGGUUACAUGUCGAGUUUGCCAAGCUAUGAUAGAUAUUUCCGGUAAAAGAGAUCAACACGUCGUUAAAUGUUCCCAAUGUAAUGAAGCGACACCUAUAAGAAAUGCGCCUCCUGGUAAAAAAUACGUCCGUUGUCCUUGCAAUUGUCUACUUAUAUGCAAAAGUUCAUCUCAAAGGAUCGCUUGUCCAAGACCGAAUUGUAAAAGGAUUAUUAAUUUAGCUCCAAGUCCUGUUACGCCACCGGUUCCUACCAUGCCAGGCAUGUGUAGGGUUACUUGUGGCCAUUGUCACGAUACUUUUUUGUUCAACACUUUGAACAAUGCCUUGGCUCGCUGUCCCCAUUGUCGGAAGAUAUCUUCGGUUGGACCGGAUUAUGCAAGAGGAAGAUCUAAUAUAUUCCUCGGUCUCUUCGUUAUAUUAUUGAUCAUAUCCAUAGGAGUAACGGUGGGUACUGCUUAUAUGGCGAUAACCCAUAGCGGUAUCUAUGUGGCAUAUGUCUGUUUAUUCUUUACAACAUUAAUUUUACUUAUACGCGCCGUUUAUUAUCUUUCUAUGAAAGUUAGUAUCAUAGAAGGACCUAUGUGAAUUAUUUGUUAAGUAACAUACUUAUUUAUUUAUCUGCCUUACAGAAAAAAUCACAUUGAAUCGAUUUGUUCACUCGGUAUCUGUACUAGAUUUUUAUGUUUCUAAAUAUUUUUGAUUUUAGGUCUCUUCUGUUUCAAAAAUUAUUAAAAACACCAAUUUUGGAAACAGAAGAGACCUUAGAAACAUAAACAUAUCAAAAAAUAUGAGAAAUUAAAGAAAUUUACUAAAGUUUUUAGAAUAUUUUUUUUUGUUGGUUUCUCUUAAUUUCCUCCAUCUUCCAAAUGCUUUUUAAUGUUGGUGAGGGGUGGUUAAGUUGAAAUUUUUGGAACAGUUGGUGAUAUAUUAAUAACGAACAAACUAUUACAUUAUUUGGUCCUUUAAACAGGACAUGAUCCUGCAAUCUAUGGACCAGGUAUCGACAAAAGUAAUUGAUAAUGAAUGAGGACUUUCCGGAAUUAUAAAAUCUCAAUUUCUUUUCUUGUAAGGCAGAUAAAAACUUCACAGUUUCAUUUAUUUAUAUAUAUAUAAAUAUCUGGAUUCCGUUUAGUGUGUUGGUAGUAAUUUAAAGCCAAAGUGUAAUAUAUGUAUUAUAUAAAAGGAUCCAGAUAUUCUUAUUAAAUUGAGGUGUAUUAUAUAGUUUUUAGUACAUAAGCUUACAAAAGCAGAAUUUUUUUAUCUUUCACCGUAUAUUUUACCAAAAAUUAUAACUUAUAUAUAUAUAUAUAUAUAUAUAUAUAUAUAUAUAUAUAUAUAUAUAUAUAUACCGCAACUUUAAAUUACUUGUAACCUUUCACCGAUGAUUAUAUGAAACAUUCCUUGAAUAUGUCUUAAAAAUUGAAGGUGAUUUAUAAGAAAAAAUGGCGUUUUGUAAAAAAACCGUGAUGUUACAUAAUAUAUAAUAGGAUAGAAAAAUUGUAAGACGCAAUCCAAGUUAUAGUUGCUAAAUUUCGAUGAACGCGCGCUGUUUAUACAAUUAUAGAAUCCAAAAUAUUGCUGGUUCGAAAUAAACUUACCUUCUCAAUUUUAUUUUAGUGCUAAAAUUCUUGUUUACCUCCAAAACUAGUGAAAUUUCAAUUUUAACUAGAAAAGUAAUAAAAUUUUCCUCUGGUUUAUUUUAGGUUAUGUACCUUAUGGUUCUACCUUCGAGAUAAAUGUAAUUUUAUUUGUUUUCCUUUAUCAUAUUUAAUAAUUUCUCAAGUAUUCAUUUAAUUGUGCAAAAAAUUCUCAUAAAAUACUUGGUUCUCAAUCUGUACGUGAUACAGGGUCUCCAAAUUAAUACGUUCGAUGGAAAGUCUGGAUACCAGAUCAAUUUUGGUCAAUAGGAUGAUUAUUUAUAACAAAAAUGCUUUAGAUGUGACAAAGAAUCUAAAAGAAGUUGAUAUUUCCAUAAUUCCCCAUUUUAAUUUGCAAAAAUUAUAUUUUAUAUAAUUUUAUACCAAAUUCUAACAUUUUUCAAUCAAUAGUUUGUUGUUUUUUCAAAAACGUGUUAAAUGGUUCACUCUGUAUAUUUUAAAAUUUCCAAGCUUAACAUCUUCUUUUCCCCCAUCCCAUUUAAUAUUUUCUCAAAUAUUCAUUUAUUUUUCCAACAAAAAUACUUGAUUCUUAAUCAGUAUGUAAAACAGGGUAUCCGAAGUAAUACGUUCGAUGGAAAAUCUGGAUACCGGAUCAAUUUUUGUCAAUGGGAUGAUUAUUUAUAACAAAUAUGGUUUAGAUGUGACAAAUAAUCUAAAAAAACUUGAUAUUUUCCAUAAUUUCACAUUUUAAUUGCCAAAAUUAUAUUUUUUCACAACUUUCUCUCAAAUUCUAACACUUUUCAAUCAAUAGUUGAUUGUUGUUUUCCCAAAAACGUGUCAAUUUUGUUCACUCUGUAUAUUAGGAAGUUUCCAAGCUUAAUAUCUUUAUACUUACAAUUAAAAAAAAUCAAAUUAUUGUAGCAAUUAAGGUAAAUUUAAACAAAUACUCUGUAUAUGACUUGAGAACUUACAAUAAGUUUUACCCUUGCUGUAAGUUGUCAAUUUGACAUAUUCCCGUACACUUGAAUAAAUUGAUUUAGGAUAAGCUCGAUUAUAUACUAUAAUAUUUAUGUGAAUAUUUUUGUUGGUAAUCGUUUGAUGUGCAUAUUUUUGAAAAAUUUCAUAUUUAUUUGGCAUAUUUUGUAUUGGUCACACCGACAACAGAACAAGAAACUGAAAUCAACAGAAAUUUAAUUAAACUGUGACUUGUUACAUCAGAACCCAAUCCCAAUGUGGGAUCAGGUCUCCACAUUUUACUCCCAACCUGACGAAUGAAAAAUUACUUGCAUUGUACAUUGAAUUUCCCCAUUUUCCUGGUGUCGUAGUUCUUUGCUUUGAAGACAUUUUGGAGUCAUCUAUAUGAAAACCAUUGGAUCGGAUUGAUUAGAUGUAUCGAAAUAAAAAUUUUGUUAAUCUUCAAAAAAUGUCUGAUUUGGUUUUUGUUCAUUUAAAAAGUGAACAUUAUCUUGCACCUCCUCGUUAAUCACAUGUUGUGGUCCUUUGGUAUUUUGGAUAUAAAUCUUCAAAAAUUUUGUAAUUCCAGCAAUUUACAAGGUACAAAUAUCCUUUAAUAGUGUAAUCCAAUGUGGUGUUUGGUCUCCUUUAAAAUUUGCUAAUGUGACAAAUGAACUACUGGGUCCUACAUUAUCUGUUUAAUCUGACCAUUUUUAUUUUCCACUAUCUCAUUUUUUUCCAUUUGUUAUAUCCAAUGGUUUACUUAAUAUCCCCUGUAAGUUUUUCUUUAAAAUCUGCAGUUUUUUUCUCACUGUUAUAAAUCAUAAGUUAUGGAGUGAUGAAAUUUUCAUUUUGGUACAAUUAUUAAUAAUUUUUUCUUUCAAAUAUUUACUAUUUCAUUGUUAAAUAUACUUUUCUCAGUUUUGUUCAAUCCACUGUUAUUUCUUUUGGGUUUUCUUAUAAGUUUUUUUUAAACACCUUCACCAAUCUUGUCAUAUAAGCCCACUACCCCAUUUUUAGUUCCUCUUCAGUUUUUAUGUUUCGCGAUAAAGUGAAAAAAGGUCUUUAAAGGGUUUUACCAUUUAUUUAAUCUUCCUAUUGUUCACGUUCAGUCACAAAAAAUCAGUUUAUCAGUUCUGUUUUGAACACCUUCUCCAAACUUGUCAUAUAAGCCCACUACCCCAUUUUUAGUUCCUCUUCAGUUUUUAUGUUUCGCAAUAAAGUUAAAAAAGGUCUUUAAAGGGUUUUACCAUCUAUUUAAUCUUCCUAUUGUUCACGUUCAGUCACAAAAAAUCAGUUUAUCUAUUAUAAACUGAAUCUAACUGAUCUGAAGAAUCACAUUAAAGUAGCGGAAAAGGUUGUAUGUGAAGAAUCUAAUAGAAAACAAGAUAUAAUUAUUUGUUUUUUUUUUAUUAAUAUGUUGUUGAUGUGAUUAUUACUUGAAAGUAGUUCAAACAUUUAUUUAGUUAUAUUGAAUGGCUAUCUGGAAAUUUAGUGCUUUUGAACCAGCGCGAAACAGAAAAAGUGCUAUAAGGACAUUUUGGUAUAUAUAUUAUUAAAAAAAUAAUGACUAAUGUGAUAAAACUGUAAUAUACACAGUGUUUUAGAAGUUUAAAGUACAUACUUUCUUUAUCUGAAUAUUAUUAAUAAAUUGAUGAUGUUAAUAAUUUUUCUAGUCCACAUCUUUAAUAUCCUCAUCGGUUGGCCAGUUGUUUAUAUAUAAAUUUUUCUCAUAAUUUAACUAAAGGUAUUAAAAUGAGAGACUGACAGACAGAUAUUGUAUUAUUAAAGUUAUAAACUCAUUCAUUUACGAGCUAUAGUAAUUUAACUGUAGCAGGACUUGGGUAUUUGAACACUUCAUCAUAAAACGAUGGCAAAAGGAUAUUUUUCGGUCUACAAGGAGAAAUUAGUUAACGUACUGAGAUUCAUGUUGAAAUUCAACUUAAUUUGCUUCACGUUCACUGCAGGAUUGUCUCACCUAUAUUAUUAUUUCGUAAAACCUUAUCAAAGUCCUACUAAAAUUGCUGUCACUUGGUUUUUGAAUCCUGCAUCCUUUUGAUUCAUAAUCUUCAUUGAGCUUAAUGUAAAAGGAUAUUUUUUGUGUCUACAAGGAUCACAUAGUCAACAUUUUGAGAUUCCUGUUGAAAUUCGACUUGAUUCGAUUCACAUUCACUAUACGAUUGUCUCACCAACAGCAAUAUUUUGUAAAACCUCCAUGAAGUCCCAUAAAAAUUGGGGUAAUUCUUAAAUCACCUGAUUACACCCACUUGAAGUCGUUGUAGUAUACCUAGAAGGAGCCAGCCAGGAUUUGUGCCAUGGAACUAAACAGAAAUCUUUAAUAUCGUGAAAGUUUAGAAUUUUGUUCUUUUCUUUUUCUUUUGUUUCGAUACUUGAUAGGAACUCGUAGAAGAUUGUCAAUUCUGCAACCUAGAUCGACGAAGAGGGCAGAAAAGAAUGGAAAGUACUACAUUUUGUAUGAAUAUACAAAAUUUCAUGUACACUAAAGUCACUGAAUAUUUGAAAAUGAAUGUAAAUAUGAUUUUCAUUAUUAAAAAGUGAUCAAAUGUUUAAUUUAUUCAAAUCUUGUGAAACGUUAACUUCUGAGAUGCAUUAAUGUGAUAAAAAUUGAAUUUUUUAAGUUUAAUAUAUUUUUUUUUUUGAAAAUUUUAAAAACUAUAUUCAUCCAGACAGCUAUUCAAACUUAUAAAAAGUAAAAGUAAGUUUUUUUACAGGUAAUUCUCAUGAAAUUGUAUUAUUUAUAUUACUAGAAGUGAAAAGUAUCGUACUCCCCAGAAUAAAUAAGUUUUGACGAUUUAAAUGUGAGGGAAUGAUGAUUAUAUUUAUUUUUUAUGAAAUCGUAUUAUUUAUUUUCUUAAUUAUAUUUAAAAUUCGACUAGGUUAUGUUAUGUUAUCACAAAUUAUGAGUAAAACUAAUAUUGCAGUUUGAACUGAAAGAAUACUCUUCUUCAAACGACAAAAUAAAUCAUAACCUAAAAAAAUCUUCCAAUAUAACCCUCUAAAAACAUCCUUUACUACACCAUCAAAAUAUUAUAAAAACCUUUUUUAUUUUUCACUAUGAUGGAAUGAUUGAAUAAAAUGUGAUUUUUAAAUCAUUUUACAACAAUUACUCCAACAAACUUGAAGCCAAUUCGCCAUUCCGAACAAGUAACUGUACUACCAACUGUCAAAAACUAAUGCCAGUAUUACCAAAGUCUUCAAAAAUAUACCUACCUAUCGACUGUUGGUAAUGCUGUGAAGGAAUGAUUAUUUUACAUUGGACAAAUGUCGAGUUAACAUUAGACAAGUAUUCAUUAACAUAUGAUACUAAAUCCAGAGAAAUUUUGAAAGUCCAGCAAUUCUCCAACUUUGUCAAACCGUUAAUAAAAUAAUCUGUCUACUACAACUUCUUCAUUUGUCUGAAAUCUCAACACCACGUGACCUUAUUUACCAAAAAAACCCAGUCCAUUGCAUGGACUGUAUUUUUGUUUCUGUGGUAUAAUAGUGUACUCUACUUUCCCCUAUUGCUACAUAACAAUGGAAUAAUACACUUAGAUCACGUUUGAAUGUUCGAUACGGUCGAGCUUUUGCUGGGAAUUAAGCAAUCACGGCACCAACCUUACUGUUUCUUAUGUAGUUUAUCAAUUUGAAAAGUAUGGACAAAAGAAUUAGAACUGCUUAUUAUGGACUAUUUCUGUUUAUACAUAGUCUAUCUAGGAAAGAGCUAAAGAGUAUGUGUUUCCAUAGUUAUAUAAGGUGCCUUUUUCACCACGCAAAUAUAUUCCAUUUAUCGAGUACUGGUAAAACAAGUUAUACCAAGAUUGGUAGCUUGGGUUAUGGGAAUACAAUAGACAAUGUUCUGAUCUAGAUAUUCCUCACAAAUGCCCGUACAAUCCCAACAUUUUUAGCCUUGAUGUUCUUUCGAAAAAAGUUAGGUUAGGUUUGAUCUAAAAACUGCUGGGAGAGGAGUUUCAAGAUUUCAUGAGAAUUACCUUUACAUUUUUGAGCUAAAAUCGUAUCAAUUUGAUUAUUUUUAUAAUAUAAACAUGGUGUAUGAUGAUAUAUACGAGGUGUGAUCGAAAAUACAGUGAAUUAUAUUGAUUUAAAAAAAAUUCGUAAUGAUUAUGUAUCCUGUAUUAGGAUUUUAUUGAAAUUUUCUCAUAACAUGUGUCCAAUGAUACUUACAACCCACUUCAAAUUUUAUUAAAAUCACUUUUUGUGGAAAACCUUUCCACUACGUUAUAAAUAAAUUUUUAUAUCAAGUAAAAUAAAAUUGAAAUUAAUCUCCUCAAAGUACUGUCUUUAGCUAACUAACAUUUGUCUCAAUUAUGAAUCCAUGACGGAAAACAUUUCUGGAAAGUUUCUUACAGAUGGGAUUUCAUGGCAUGUCAGAAAAGAAGUUUUUACUUUCGAGAAACCAUCAAUCACUUGGUGAUAAAUCUGGUGAGUUUUGCGGAUGAAACAAAAAGACUUCUAGUGACCAAAAAAUCUCAAAUUAAAAGCAGAAAGUGUUUCAAUGAAGAAGAAGAAAGUUGUUGGUUCCCUUGGUACAACCCUUUACAAUAAAAAAAGUAAUGACAAUAGAUAUGAUGGGCAGGCCUUUCUACAGCAAGAUAAUUCAUCGGUUAUUUUUAUACUAGGAUCAUACCUAUAGGAAGAUUUAAAUAUUUAGCGAGCUUGUUUUGACAUUUUUUUGUAAAUUGCUGGACAGGUACUGCAAAUAUGAUGUAACUUAGUGAUUUACCAAAACGGGUUUAAACUGAAUGUAUGAGAAUUUUUUAUCACACCUCGUAAUUAGAAUUGGUAUUUAUCAAAAAUAUUUUUCUUGUGAUGAAAUCAUUCAUCCUGUUUAUAUUGUCAACUAUUUCUAUUGGCCAUUUUUUUGUAUCUUAAUUGAAAUAUUAUUUUUGAGUUUUGGCGUUUCGGAAACAAAUUUUAAUAUUUUUCCUGCAACUAAAACUUACUUCAUGUAUAGUAAAAAAAAUUUUUAAAGGCAAUAAUGUCAAGUACUUGGCGUUUGCCAUAGAUAAAAAAAUUUAAAAUACUGGCGAUUUGUGUUAUUGCAUCAUAUGUUGAUUAUUAUUAUAAAUAAUUAUUAAUAAUAUACUUUCCUAUCCAAAAAUCCUCAAACGAAUCCUACAACAGACCUGAAAAUUCCUGGGACGACCAUAUAUGAUAAUUUAUACACCAACUAUGAUCUCGGAUAGGCUAUAUGGGGUUGACACUACCGAUGGAAAUUUUUCAAUGUACUGUUUUUGCUAUUACUAUAAACAUAUAUUUACAAUUUCAAAAUUUUUCUCCUUUUUUUCGUCUAAUAUCACAUGUUAGCUUAAAAAAAUGUUCACAAUAUCAUUGAUUAGGUUUAAUGGACGUUUUAGUUGUUGGAAUAAUAUUUUGAUCAAUGAAUUUAAUGUUUUUAUGAUAGACUGUAUUGAAGGGUGAUAAUAAAAAUUUUAUAU